AAAAAGAAAUACCCUUUCUCCAAUGGCAAAAUCCAGAAAAUUCCUCUUAUCAAUCCUCCUCCUCUUCUUCGUUUUUACUUUAUUUUCUUCAUCAAACGCAUUAGGCGGAAAACUCGGGGGAAGAACACAAAUCAAACAUGUGAAAACAAAUCAGGAAAUUCAAGAUCUAGGUAAGUACUGCAUCGAAGAACAUAACAGAAAAUUACAGGAACAAAAUGGUGGUUUAUUGAGUUUUUCUCAAGUUGUUGAAGCAGAAAAACAAGUUGUUUCUGGUAUUAAAUAUUACCUAAAAAUCUCAGCUACUACUAAAUCAUCUGGUUCACCCAAAAUGUUUGAUGCUGUUGUGGUUGUUAUAGCUUGGGAGAAGAAGAAAGAAUUGCUCACUUUUUCUCUUUCUCCUUCUCCGGCUACAAAGUGAUAGUGGCUAAAACUUAAAACUUCUACUGCUGCUAAUGUUUAAAGUGAUGAUGUUAAGCUAAUUUUGAAGUACUUUAAUUUGUAGCCUUUUUAUUUUGUAGCCUAUUUUGAGUUCACUUGUGUACUAUGUGAUGCAAUAAUCAAUGAAUGACAUAUCUAUAA